AUGGCAUUCUUAGAAAACAAGGCCAAUAGUGGGCAUAGAUCAAUGAAGACCAGAGCCUGCGCCACAACCAUUACCAUCCAGGACGGCUCUGAUUUUCAGGACCGAGUUGUCAACAGCAAAACGCCGGUGGUUGUGGAUUUCCAUGCACAGUGGUGUGGACCCUGCAGGGUCCUGGGGCCGUUCUUAAAGAAGAUGGUGGCAAAGCAGCAGGGGAAGGUGGUGAUGGCCCAGGUGGACAUUGACGAACACGCAGACCUCGCCAUCCAGUAUGAGGUGUCUGCUCUGCCUACCGUGCUGGCCAUCAAGAAUGGAGAUGUGGUGGAUAAGUUUGUAGGCUUCAAAUACUCGGACCAGCUGGAGGCCUUCCUGAAGAAGCUGAUUGGCUGACAAGCAGGGAAGU